UUGAUAUAGAGUUCUUGCUUUUUCCUCCUUGUCUUUGGUUUUUUCACAACCAACUAGGUUUCCCCUUUCUUUUCCAUUUCUGUCUGAACUUCUCAAUCAAUGAGAUUCUCUCUCUUUUACUACAUCCUAAAUAUACUCUGUUUAAACCUUUUCCCUACACUUUAUAAAUACCAAGCUCAUUCAUAAUAUAUUUCACACCACUGAACCUAACUCUCUUCUCUCUCUCUCUCUCUCUCUCUCUCUCUCUCUCUUUCAUGGCUGAUAUCGACUAUCAUACAACAAAACCUAAUGCUAGGAUCACCGACAACAAUAACACAACCCUGAAGCUCUUUGGGUUCAACAUUAAUUCAUAUAAUGUUACCGCACCUGACGAUUCAACCAAAUCACCAUCUGGGUCAUCUCCAGAAUCAGCUGAUGAGACUACUGAUCAUCAAGGUCGAAAGUACGAGUGUCAGUACUGUUUCCGUGAGUUCGCUAAUUCUCAAGCACUGGGUGGCCAUCAAAACGCGCACAAGAAAGAAAGGCAGCUUUUAAAGCGAGCACAGCUACAAGCUACACGCAAUUUAGCAGCUUCUUAUGUCCCUGCUUCCAUGUUCUCCACGUUCACGCCACUGCCACCGCAUCUCCUCCCUAGAGGGGUAGUUCCAUUUGCAGUACAGCAGCAACACCACCACCAGCAGUCAUCAUCUCCAUGGUUUUACACGCCUCACUUUAAUCGCCUCUCACAGGGAAGUCCAUUGCUUUCUGGGCCAGAAAGGCGUCUUGAAGAUGAGCUUAUAAUGACUCCUGAUGAGGAUUUGGGACUUCACGAAAGGACUUUGCAGCCUGCGGCGGCGUGGAGAGGGUUCGGUGGAGAGGAUGGUGAGAGUCACCAUGAUAAGGGAUUAGGUUUGAACUUGCAUUUAAGUCUUUGAACAGUUUGUACCAGUCAUUUGGGGUUGGAUUCAAAAUUCAAAGGUUAGGUCAACUUCUUGAUGAUAGUACUUUUAUGAGGACGAACCUUGUUACAGA